GCGAAGAGGAGAGGAUUCUCCCAAAAAGUUCUAAGUAGUUGCAAAGUGAAACUUCAGACCGAGUGUGCUCAAGCGUCGCACUGGUUCUCUUUACUCCUCUACGCAUGGCUGCAAAGUGUCUAUACUUUUAGCCUUUCACAAACUUCUGUGGCGGAGCCAAGUGGGUCUCUGCUCUGAAAGAUGGACCGCUUAAAACGGACGUCAGCGCACAGGAGAUUAACGCUAUUUCUUAUGGUCCUACACGCAACAACUUCACAUGCUGCCGAGCCCAUCGACGUGCUCCGGGUGCUGGAGCUGUCGGAGGACAUGGAGGGCGUUUCCAUGGAGGCCGGUCUCUGCACGGCCAGGAAGGACACGGAGGAGGCCGACCUGGCCUUCAGGAUCGACAAGAAGAUCCAGCUCAGCGCUCCCACCAAGCAGCUCUACCCAGACUCACCCUUCCCGGCGGAUUUCUCCCUGAUGGCCACGGUGCGAGCCAAGAAGGGCACCCAGUUCUUCCUGCUGUCGGUGUAUGACGAGCAGGGCGUGCAGCAGCUGGGGCUGGAGGUGGGGCGCUCGCCGGUGUUCCUGUACGAGGACCACCAGGGACAGCCCUCUCCGGACCUCUACCCAAUCUUUAAGAAGAUCUCCUUGGCUGACGGAAAGUGGCACAGGAUCGCUUACAGCGUACAGGGCAAGUCUGUCACCCUCUACCUGGACUGCGAGAAGGUGCAGACACUGGACCUUCUGAGAGGAGACGACCCCGUGGUCAGCACCGAGGGGGUGACCGUGUUCGGCACGCGCCUGCUGGAUGAAGAGGUUUUUGAGGGAGACAUCCAACAGCUGCUGAUUGUGGAGGACCCCCAGGCUGCAGCUGAUUACUGCCUGCACUACAUCCCAGACUGUGACUCUCCGCUGCUCUACAACACCCAGGCCCAGGACACCCAGGAGAUCCCCCCGCCUCGAUCUGCUCCCGCGAUGCAAAGCGAUGAGCCGGAGGAGCCAAAGAAGCCCCGCAAAAAAGACAGGAAGGGCAAAAAGGAUAAAUCCAAAAAGAAGAGGGACAAGUCAUCCAGGAAGAAGGGCAAGAAGGAGCCCAGGAAGAAGAGGAAGGAGGAGGAGGGGCCUCCGGAAGAGGGCUUCCUCGGUGUGUCCACCGCAUUGCCCGAGUACCUCUCCCAAGAGCCCUACCAGGCCACUGUGCUGCCCGACGUGGAACAGUCCACCGCCAGCGCUGUCAUCCGGAGCGAGGACAUUGACCACGCCGUCGCAGAAAUGACCACACACAAGCCCGACGUCAGUGUUGAGGUCUCCUUCGAUGGGCCCAGUGCAUUGCCUGAACCAGUGGUCGCUAAGGAGGCGGAGCGGCCGGUGAAGGAGCCUGAGGUGGAGGAGUACGGAGACGACUUCUACGGCAACGUGUACGACGACCUCUCCGUUUCCGCGGUGGCGGUGGGCCCCAAUGUCACCGAGUACGACGUUAUCGAGUAUGAGGACAUCAGAAACGAGACGGAUCAGGAGGAGUACGAGGAGUACGAGAUCUACGACGACGGCUACAGCUUCGCCGAGAGAGAAAGUGCCGGAACCUGGGAUGGAGAGGCAAGUCUCAGAGCAGAGAAGGGCCAAAAGGGAGAUCCUGCUAUCAUUGAGCCGGGCACACGAGCCGAGGGACCGCCCGGACCCCCGGGACCAGAGGGACUCCCAGGAACGCCAGGCCCCCCCGGCCCUUCAGGACCCAUGGGAGACGCCGGAGACUUGGGUCCUCCAGGAAGACCUGGUCUGGCUGGGGCUGAUGGGAUACCGGGUCCUCCGGGCACGAUGCUGAUGCUACCAUUCCAGUCUGGUGGGGACUCUCAGAAGGGGCCAGUGGUGUCGGCCCAGGAGGCCCAAGCUCAGGCCAUCUUGCAGCAGACCAAGCUGUCGUUGAAGGGCCCUCCAGGUCCGCUUGGCCUUACAGGGCGUCCAGGGCCGAUAGGUCUCCCUGGAUCCAGCGGACUGAAAGGAGACGGCGGAGACAACGGCCCAGCCGGUCCUCGUGGGUUGCCAGGUUCUCCGGGACUCAGCGGAAGAUCAGGAAAACGGGGACGGGCAGGGUCAGAUGGUGCCCGUGGUGCACCAGGGGAAACAGGGUCCAAGGGUGACAGGGGCUUUGACGGUCUGCCUGGUCUCCCGGGUAACAAGGGACACAGAGGGGACAGAGGAAAGCCUGGUCCCCAUGGACCUUCUGGGGAGUCAGGAGAGAAGGGUUCAGAUGGACCAGUUGGACCUGGAGGGCAACCAGGUGAACCUGGAUCGAGAGGGCUUGUCGGAUCAAGAGGUCCACCUGGACCUUCUGGACAACCGGGUAUCACUGGUAUAGAUGGAGUUCAAGGAUCAAAGGGAAACCUGGGGCCAUCUGGAGAGAUAGGACCCCCAGGCCAACAAGGGAAUCCUGGUUUACAGGGUUUGCCUGGUGCCCAAGGUCCCAUUGGAUUACCGGGAGAAAAGGGUCCCCAGGGGAAGGGGGGGAUGCAGGGACUCCCAGGCAUCGACGGCCCUUCUGUGAGUACAGCACACGCUCCCUCUGCCUCCUCCCCAGGGCUGAGGGGAGCUGGCCGGGGCCAAGUAGGCCCGCAGGCGUGUUUAUAA